CAGACAUGCUCUCCAAUCACUGUGAUUUUCCCUUGUUGAUGUCCUCCAUUUUGUCCUCUUUCUUUUAUGUCUUUAUAAAUAUAUCCCCUUUUCAGUCUUUGCUCUUCACCAUUUUCCAAUUGUUUAUUGAUUUUGACGACGGCUAUCAGGAGUUUGUUGUAAAUGGUUGGGAAACGAGAGCGUAUUUCAACUUUGGCGGGAGAUUCGAGAUAUAGCUACGGAGAUAUUCGUGUAGUUAGGGUUUUAAUUGCAAGGAACUUGCUUAUGAAGAUUUUGGUUGGUGAUAAUAAGUAGGUGUAGUUCUGGUCUAUAAGAAAAGAAGAUUUGAGGAUUUCGAUUUGGUGUAGAAACUAUGGCUUCGAAUCAAACGUCUUUGGCAAUGCUGCAAGAGCCAAGUAUCGACACCGAUAAGCUCAGCUACGAGAUUUUCUCGAUUCUCGAGAGCAAGUUCUUAUUCGGUUACGAUGAUCCCAAGCUUUGGAAACCUAUUCAGGUUUCUCCGGAAGUUUCUGUUACUCCCACGGCGGUGGAUGUAGGGGAUGUUAACAACAGUGUUCAAGCGAUGAAGAAUCAGAGAGGGAAAAUCUGUGUGCUCUCUAUCGACGGUGGAGGAAUGCGGAAUAUUUUAGCCGGAAAAGCGUUAGCUUAUCUGGAGAACGCGUUGAAGGUCAAGUCCGGCAACCAAAACGCCAGAAUCGCUGAUUAUUUUGAUGUCGCAGCCGGCACCGGAGUAGGAGGUGUCUUCACGGCGAUGUUGUUCGGGUUGAACCAUAGCCGUCCCAUUUUCAAGGCGGAGGACACAUGGAAGUUUUUGGCGGAACAGGGGAAGAGAUUGUACCAACAAAAAUCAAGCUCCGGCGGCGGCGGAAAAGGCCAAGGUUUAUUUAAACGGAUUCUCCGCGGCGGAAACAGCAGAGGAGUAGGAGGGAUAACUCAUGCGACGGCUGGAUUUGAAAACGCAAUGAAGGAAGCUUUCACCAUCAAUGGACAGAGUUUAACAUUAAAGAACACAUUGAAGCCGGUGUUGAUCCCUUGCUACGAUCUCUCCAGCUCAGCUCCGUUUCUAUUCUCGCGAGCCGACGCUUUGGAAACAGACAGCUUCGACUUCCGUCUCUGGGAGGUCUGCCGCGCCACCACAGCUUUACCGGGCUUGUUCGAACCGGUCUCCAUGAAAUCCGUCGACGGGAAGACACGUUGUGUGGCGGUUGACGGUGGUUUAGCCAUGAGCAACCCUACGGCAGCAGCAAUCACACACGUUCUCCACAACAAACAGGAGUUCCCUUUCGUACGAGGGGUAGAGGACCUUUUGGUACUUUCAUUGGGCACCGGUCAGGUUCUAGAAGGCAACUACGAUUACAACCAAGUCAAAGGGUGGAAGCCAAACGACUGGGCUCGCCCCAUGGCUAGAAUUUCCGGUGACAGCUCCGCCGACAUGGUGGACCACUCCGUCUCCCUGGCUUUUGGUCAAAGCCGUAGCAGUAAUUACGUCCGUAUUCAGGCAAAUGGAUCGAACAUGGGACGUUGUGGGGUGAAUGUUGAUUCCGAUUCCAGUCCCGGAAAUGUAAAAUUGCUCACAGGAAUAGCCGAUGAAAUGUUGAAACAGAAGAAUGUGGAAUCAGUAUUGUUUGGGGGAGAAGUUCCCGUAUUGCUCCCACCGUCGCAUUUAAACAAGCCGCCCCCAAUUCCACCUAAACUAUUUCCCCCCAAAGGGUAUGGUGGUCAAAAAAGGAAAAGAAGUAUACUCUCUCCAACAUUACCCUGCUUUAAUUUGAAAGUAAAAGAGGCAAAUUGACUGAAAAGGACAAUCAACUCAACUGUAUUAAAAAAAAAAAAAAAAAAAGAAAAAACAA